CGUUCGCCGUUCCUUCGCGUCUCUCUCUGACUUCUCUUCCUACUCUGUCUUUCUCUUCCCUACUCUCUCUCUCCUCUACGCUUCUUCGAUAACUCUCUUUUUGCUAUAAAAACAAUUCAAACACACACUCUCUCCCCAAAGCAUACCUGAUCGUCGUUUUGCUUUGGAACAUCCGCCGUUUAUGGAAGCACUAUCCCGCGCGAUAACAGCUCCCAAGCUCCCGCUGCAUGAGAGAACCUCUAAUGGAUCUUAUUUUCGGCUUGCGCGGAGAUCGUUGAGGCCGAGUUCUAGAAGAAUCGCUGAGACAGGACGAGUUUUCGCUUGCCAGGGACAGAAUCCGGCGAUUGAGUUCAGCGAUCCUGAUUGGAAGUCUAAGUUCCGGAAGGACUUCGAGAGGCGCUUUAACAUUCCUCACAUCACCGAUAUUUUCGACGAUGCCGAGCCCAUUCCCUCCACAUUUUCUCUGAAGAUGAGGACUCCAGUGUCUGAGGUAUAUGCGGGUGGUUAUCCGUCUGAUGAGGAGUGGCACGGAUACAUCAAUAACAAUGAUAGGGUACUUCUCAAGGUGAUUAACUACUCGUCGCCCACAUCUGCUGGUGCUGAGUGCAUUGAUCCCAAUUGUACGUGGGUUGAGCAAUGGGUGCACCGUGCUGGACCUAGGGAGAAAAUUUACUUCAAACCAGAAGCAGUAAAAGCAGCAAUCGUUACUUGUGGUGGGUUGUGCCCUGGUCUGAAUGAUGUCAUUAGGCAUAUUGUCAUUACACUUGAAAAUUACGGUGUGCGAAAGAUAGUUGGGAUUCCUUUUGGUUAUCGUGGAUUUUCUGAGAAAAGCUUAACUGAAAUGCAGCUAUCAAGGAAAGUGGUUCAAAAUAUUCAUCUAUCCGGGGGAAGUCUGUUGGGAGUUUCUCGUGGAGGACCAGAAGUUAGUGAAAUUGUGGACAAUAUGGAGGAAAGAGGAAUCAACAUGCUUUUUGUGUUGGGUGGAAAUGGUACACAUGCUGGGGCCAAUGCGAUACACAAUGAGUGCCGUAAGAGGAAACUAAGAGUGGCUGUAGUUGGUGUACCGAAGACUAUAGACAAUGAUAUUUUGCUAAUGGAUAAGACUUUUGGUUUUGAUACUGCUGUUGAAGAAGCACAACGAGCAAUAAAUUCUGCUUACAUUGAGGCGCAUAGCGCUUAUCAUGGUGUCGGGAUUGUUAAAUUGAUGGGUCGUGACAGUGGAUUUAUCGCCAUGCAUGCAGCCUUAGCUAGUGGACAAGUUGAUAUAUGUUUGAUCCCAGAGGUUCCCUUCAAUCUACAUGGGCCUCAUGGUGUUUUGAUGCAUUUGAAGUACCUCAUAGAGACCAAGGGGUCAGCUGUGGUAUGUGUAGCUGAGGGAGCUGGGCAGAGUUUUCUUGAGAGGACUAAUGCUAAAGAUGCAUCUGGAAACAAUGUACUUGGGGACUUUGGUGUGCACAUUCAACAAGAGACAAAGAAAUAUUUCAAGGAGAUUGGGGUUCCGGUUGAUGUAAAGUAUAUUGACCCCACAUACAUGAUCCGUGCAAUCCGCGCAAAUGCAUCAGAUGGAAUUUUAUGUACUGUUCUGGGUCAAAAUGCUGUUCAUGGUGCAUUUGCUGGAUAUAGUGGUAUUACUGUGGGAAUUUGCAAUACUCACUAUGUAUACUUUCCAAUCCCAGAAGUUAUUUCUCACCCCCGGGCUGUAGAUCCGAAUAGCCGAAUGUGGCAUCGGUGCUUGACUUCAACAGGCCAGCCUGAUUUUGUCUAAUUUCCAAGCCCUUCUAAUUCAUUAAAAAUCGUUGGGGAACUCCGAAGUUCCUAAAUAAUUUGUUGGGAAAAAAAAUUCCAACUUGAGCAGAUUUUUGGUCAGGCUGCUUAUUGUAGGCUGUUCAAAUUAUACAAAAGACGAAGUUUCAUGCAUAGUGUAUAGAAUUUCAUUCUGCUGCCUUCUUCAAAGUAAGAAGGCGAAUGAAUAAUAGAUUCGGAAGAAUCAACAAGCAGUUUGUGCUUGAUUUUCCUAGCAAUAAUGAAGAACACAAAGGAGACACAUUUUGGCAUCAAUUGUAGAAAUCAAUUGAUUUAUACACAAGAAUCAUUCAAUAGUUUUCUU